CACUAACGGCCGUGAGGACAGUCGGGACGUUCGGGUGUACGUAACGAAAUCUGAAGGAGAGUAAAGACCAGUUCAAAAUAUAACAUUGAAUAGCACUGAUUGAACUAACAGAACUGAGCUAUGCAAAACCUUGCUAAUCCUUAAUGUAGUUGGACAUACAAGCGCGUGAAUUGGAAUCUUAGACUUUUACCAACGACAAUGAAAUACAACAAUAAUGUUCUCCUUCGCCUUGGCUUGAUUCUACAGUUCCUGUGUAUAUGGACCAAAGCAGAAACACGGUAUGCGUGUUUGCAAGGAGGACCAUCUGGUUUUUUCUCUAGUCAGUCAGAUGAUGAUUCACAUUCAGAUGAAGACCUGAUGUCCUCCUCGGCAACAAUGACAGGAACAUUGGGAUGCGAUGACAUAGCUGGCACGCGCAUCCUCGUGUCAAAAGUUAUCCACGGCCAGGGAGGUCCUUUUGCGUCAUGUGGCAGUCCUAACGAGUUCUGCGAUGACGUCAUUUACAGCAACAGCCGUCUGGCCGCAAUGUGUGAUAGGAAGAUUCGGUGUUUUCCGAGCACCACGUCUAAGAUGAUCCCUCAAUGUGGUACUAGCAGCAACUUUAUCCAUGUGGAGUACGAGUGUGUAAAUCCCUGGUCAGUGUUUGACAUCUGUCACGACUCUACCACGAACGUCAAGUUGUCCACCUUGUAUAUCAUGUCCCCGAAAACCGCGAGCGGAGCCUCCACAUGUGAAUGUAUCAUAAAAGGCCGAGUGAAUGGACAAAUAACAUUGGACUAUGUCCAAUCCAACACGGACAGUGCACACUGUGCCACCAACUACCUUCUAGUUGAGAGCAAGUCAUUGGGUAACCAAUCAGCCGUUAACAAGCAGAACAACAUCUGCGGACGAAAGACGGUCACAAAGGACACUUACGACGGCUCAGUUCGGCUUACUUACGGGACCAAGUCACCAUUCUUCAACAACGGCUUCAUGUCCAAAAUCAUAGUGCCGGACGGUUCCUCCCAUGACGUGUCUGUCCAGUGUGGCGCUGUGUUUUCUGAACAGGACCAACAAACAAAUACUCAGGGAGGCGGAAACGAUCCUUUGUAUAGACAAUUCGGUGGAUAUUUUAACGGUCCGUACGGCCACACCGCCUAUAACAGAUUUUUGACAACAGUUUCGCCAUUUCAAGACCCAUAUUAUGGCAGUGGAAAUGCUACACAAGGUUCGGGAAGAAAUGCUGCACGCACCGGAACCUGGCCCGAACGAGCGCCCAGUGGACAUCGCCCGCCUUACUGGGACAGGGGUUACUAUAAUGGACAACGGUAUGGACCGAGACACUACCCGCCGUACGGACCGGAGCCUGUGGGGAGGGCUAACGCAACAAGGCCCGGUGGUAAUAAUCAGACGUCACCUCAGGCCCACGUCCCUCACUACAGCCGACCCAGAUACUUACCUCCAUCCCGCUUUUGGAGAUUCAUGCGCCCACGCCGAAAUAGAAACUUGGAUCUUUUUGCAGAUAGUCCUAUGUUUCAGCGAUGGGGUUAUCAACAACCUCCCCCGAUGGGUCGUUGGCCACAAAACAAAGGUCCGCCAACAAGAGGUCCUAGGCCCCCAGUAAAUGGUACCAAAUCAGCCAAGCUCCCUACCGAUGUGGAAUUCAUUGGAAAUUCUGCUGCGCGAAAUGGCAUCACAGCUACUAAUACUCCACCUCCUGCACCCCAAGCCCACGUGAGCAAAGACGUCAGUGACGACAAGUUUCCUACAGAAGCAGGACGACUGGCGGCGUACAUUGUUGGAGGUACGGGUGCGGUCCUAUCAGCGGUCGGAGGUGUCGUUAUGGUAAUGCUCUGUAGUAGAAGGAGGCGACAGAAUGACUCCGAGGGAGGCGAAGACGCCUCGCAGGGGAAUGCUGGUGCUAUAUAUACUCUUCCCACCCACAACCUUGGGCGUGUGCACGUCAACGCCACGUAUGUAAGCUCUGAGGGUGAAGGGUCUGAGGCGGGUUGGAGCGAACUAGAUCUUGAUGACCCUUCAGACCCCUACAGUACCGCAUACACGCCAUCUCGUGGAGCACGAGAAGACAGCAAUGUCACCGGAAGCGGAAGCCGCCCUGUUGCGGCCGAUUUAUCAGAUGGAACUGUUCUAGGAAUAUCAAACCUAGCCUGCCCGACUGCCGGAGAGGCGAGUAGUGACGAACAGAGAAUCUACGACAAUAACAUCUGAGUAUUCCGAGAAUUUGUAAACAUAUUUUCAAUCCAAUUGUUGUAAACAAGUGCUAAUUUUAAAUUAAGUUUUAAUUUGCUUCAUGUAUAUGUAAUUGUCUAACUUGUGCAUGGAAAACGUACGAGCUACAUAGAGGACCCGGUAUUUCUGUCCACAUAGUGGUGUCACUUUGAAAUAAACACAUCUGUCUAUGAA